CCUUUUUGCCAGAUAGAGCAAUAAAUUGAAAAGGGUGUGACUUGUGAGCUGCCCAUGCACGAAGAAUAAGAAUUUUGGUGACUUCCCUCCUUAACAUGCCAAGUGAAAGCUCACAUAGAGAGAAGAGAAAGACACAGCAAAGCAAGAGAGAGAGAGAGCCAGCGGGGGAGACAGAGGACCCAGGGCUCACGACAGCUCAAAGGAUUCGCAACCCACGUGGCUGUUUUCGAGUUUCAAUUCUUAUGGCCCAGAGGUUGCUUCUGUGACCGUUGCUCGCCAGCUCCCA